AUGACUUCUUUGAUGCCUGUACGUUUUCAAGAACUCUUUUCUUUGAAAAAGGCUAAGAUCAAUCCUCGUAAUAUCUGUUUUGGAAAUGUGACUAUGGAAUCUGACAAGUACAUCGUCGUUAAAGAGGAAAGGAAUGUCGUUACUAUAAAUGUUGCUAACCCUGCUGAUUUUGUUAGAAAGCCGAUUAGUGCCGACUCAGUUAUGAUGCAUCCAACUUCGAGCAUUUUGACUAUUAGAUGUAAUGAUGAACCUGUUAAAAUGUUUGAUCGUGCACCUUUACAGAAUGGUGCAAUAACCUUUUAUCGAGCUACUUCUGAUGAAAAGUGUCUCGCACUUAUGGGACUUACUUCUGAUGAAAAGUUAACACUUUUGCGAUUUCCUUUAAAAGCUUUCCGAACUGAUGGGUCAAUACAAAUUUAUAACACAGAGACAAAGACCUCACAAAUAAUUGAGGCUCAUGCUGCUUGUUUUGUUCAAUUAAAAAUGGAGGGGAAUCCAAAUCCAAGUAGUCUCUUUUGUUUUUCUUUACGUAAUGCAGCUGGAGAAGGAAAGUUGACCAUUAUGGAAGUCUCACAAACUCCUCCUGGCAACAAGCCAUACUUAAAGAAAACUGUUGAUUUCGUUUAUCCUGCUUGUGCUACUUCAAACUUUCCUCUUACAAUGCAGGCGUCUUCAACUUAUGGAAUAGUGUACAUUAUUGACAGAUCUGGAUAUGUUUUUGUGUUUGAGAUUGAAACGGGCUGUUUGAUAUACACGGUUAACAUUUCGCCAACUAUAAUUUUUAUUACAACUGAACAUAAUAAUGGUUUUCUUGGAAUUAAUGGAGAUGGGCAGGUCCUCUCUUUUUGUGUGGAUGAAGAAACAAUUAUUCCUUACGCCACCGAAAAAUUAGGAAACCCUCAUUUGGCUCUAAAAUUGGCAUCUCGUUUAAACCUUCCUUUGGAGUCUUUGAGGGAAUUGAUUCGUGAACAGGCUCCGGCGUUGUCAAGUAUCGAAAGUUUUGAUGCUUCUGAUCCGUCACCACCGCAAAACAUAGAAACAAUUUCUGGUCGUUCUGAUUUAAUAGAUGCAACCCAAGCUGAGAGCAAGCAAAAAAUACAAGACGAAAAAUGUGCAAAGAAAAUACAUAACGAGCAAUUAGAGCAUAAACAAAAUGUUGGGGAAGACGAUUUGAAGACUUCUUUAAAGUCAAUGGGUGACGUUCUUCCUGAGCAGACCCCAAUGAGUUCCAGCAGCAGUGGAGAGGUUCAAAAUGAUAAGAAGGUAGUCAACCAAGCUUCUCUUGACAACGUUUUGGAUGAAGAAUUUUUACGCAAAUUCGAUUUUUUGAUCGAAAAUGAAGAUUACCAUGAAGCUUCAAAAAUGGCUGCAGCAGCUCCUCAAAAUACUCUUACAACGCUUUUAUUCCGAAAAUUUGAUUUAUUAGUCAAAAAUGGGAAUUAUACUGAAGCUGCAAAAAUGGCUUUAACAGCCCCACAAAAUAUUUUUAGAACACCCGAAACUCUACAAAAAUUCCAAAAAACUUAUCCUCUUCUUAAAUAUUUACAAAUUUUAUUAGAACAAGAUUCUUUAAAUAAAUGGGAGUCGUUGGAAAUAUGUCGAAUUGUUUUGGGCCAAAAACAACUUGUUGAAGAAUGGUUGUCUGAGGGAAAGUUGGAAUGUUGUAAGGAAUUGGGGGAUUUGGUUAAGCAAUAUGAUGUUGAACUAGCAUCAAAAAUUUAUUUUCGAGGAAGUGUGGAAGAAUGA